ACACUUCCCCACUCCUCAAAUCACAAGUUAACCAAUACUCAUCACAAGGCAUACGCUACUCUUUUCGGUUUCCAUCCAAGAUAAAAUAGAAUGAGUUCAACGAGCAAAGCAUGGUUAGUGGCUGCAAGCGUGGGGGCAGUUGAGGCACUCAAGGAUCAAGGCUUCUGCAGAUGGAAUUACACCAUGAGAUCACUUCAUCAUCAUGUCAAGAACAAUCUCAAGUCCUCCGCUUCCUCUUUUGCUCAUCAAACCAAGAAGCAGCUGAGCAGUGAUAUUAGGGAUCAGAGUGACAAGGCUAAACAAUCCGAAGAAUCACUAAGAAAAGUCAUGUACUUGAGUUGUUGGGGUCCCAAUUGACCCCCAAGAUUCCAUUCGGUUUCGUAAUAUAUAUUUUGGUAGAUCAUCUUGUAGAUAACUUUGUAGUGUCUAUAUGACACAGAUUAUAUGGAUUCUAAUAGAAUUGAGUUCUGGGAAACCUUA